AUGGUCGAGCAGACCGAACAGAAGGACUUACCCAAGUAUCCGUGUCGCUUUUGUGAGAAGCGCUUCAAGCGCGUGGACCACGUACAACGUCAUGAACGAAGACACACCAAGGAGACGCCUUACCCGUGCUCGUGCGGCCAGGCUUUUAGUCGACAUGAUCUCUUAACCAGACAUCAGAAGAUUGUGCAUGGUAUUGAGCCUGCAAAGCGACGCAAACUGCACCACAACGGGCAGAACGAGAAGCCUGCUGGAGAAAGUGCAUCUCAUCCGCAUGAGCGCGUGUCUGGAAGCCGUGGUAACGACGAUGAAAGGCAUUCGGGGCAGCUGUUCUCGGGAAUUGGGCCUCCGCCUUUUAAUAAUCUGUCCGACUCUCGAGCAGGCACGACUGAUCACGCCAGAGACGUCUUGAAUGCGCUGGGCAUCGACGCUUGGAACCUCGACGGCUACCGAUAUCCAUCAGCCGAGAAGCACGCAUCCGAGCGAAGUAAUGAGCUUGCACACGCUGCCACGCCUCCGGCAACGCUUCGGCAUGGCAAUCCUGCAACAAACGUUGCUUCGACCACAGAUGCUGGCGCUACGCUCAUCCCAGUAGUCAACGGACACAACGAAGGCCCCGCAGAUGCGUUGCCUACGUUCGACUACACGAGCAUCGAUACCCCCGGUCUCGACUUCGCGGGUCUGCAAACUUCGAACGCUAUACCUAGCUUCGAUCAUGUAUCGCCUGCGGCAGCGCAAAGUGUCAGUGCGACUUCCAUGUCGAUGCCCUCGGAAAGGCAUGACGGUGCAGAGUUGAAUGUGUUCUCGAGGCUUGGAUCCCCGCUGCCGUCGUCUCGCCACAACGACACCAGCCUGUCUGUCCGAUCUGACCAGCAUGAUCGAUCAAGCUCACUGCCUUGCUGGAAGAUCUCGCCGGAGGACUAUGUCGCCAUCCAGUCCGAGCAUCAGCCAUUUCUACACAAGGCGACCUUCCGCCCUAGUGAAGCUGCACUGGAGUUGAUCUUCGCUAUGUGUAGUGUUGGCUCACAGCUUCGUUUUGAGCCUGUUGCAGGCGCAUCGUUCUUUCACGCGUCUAAAGCAUUGAUAUUGGAUCACCAGCACGCCGUGAACAACGGACCAGAGCAGCCAGCUUUGCAGGAAAAUCGAGGCCUUACCGAGGACAUUCGUCGAUGGCAGACAAUGCAGGCUUUGCUUACAUUGAUGUGUUUUGGAUCGUGGGGACCAAAGCACCUCUUGGGCGAGACCAUGAUGCUGCAAAGCCUCUUAGCCGGUCUCGUCAGGACCGAGGCCGUAUUCGAUCUUCAACCCACUGAUGACGAGUCCAUGCCGCUUCAGGACCGAUGGACUGCGUGGAUUGAGCACGAACGUCGGAGAAGAGUCCGAAACAUUGCCUACUGCUUCACGUCUUUGCAGAGUCUCGCCUAUAACACCGUACCUCCGAUAUCCUCGGCCGACGUCCAGGGCUACACGCCUAGCUCAGCCCGUGAAUGGGCUGCUCCGACUGCCGAACGAUGGCUUGAAGCGCGAAACGCCACGAAGAUUGUUCAUCUGCCAUUCCAGAAAGCUUUUGCAGGGCUCUUCUCGGACGAACCAGAUGGCGAAGCAUCUAUGUCGCCUCUUGGGCUCUAUGCUAUGAUCUUUGGGAUCCUGCAGUGCAUCUACUAUCUGCGACAAGGCUACCCGUUUGGGACGGAUCACCUCGAUCCGAGUCAGACCACGCGCCUGGUAAAGGCUUUGCACAGGUGGCAAGUCCUCUGGGAACGUUGCCCGGAGUCCACGAUCGUAGCGGAUGGCUCAAUGGGCCCGAUCUCUUUCAACUCGAUUGCGUGCUUGCGUAUGGCCUGGAUUCGACUCCACCUGGACCUAGGGCCUUGCAGGCAUCUUGCAACACGGGAUGAGGCUACAAUCGCCCGUGUCUUCACUGCUGAUCGAUCUCUUGUCCGUUCUGCCGAACUCACCUCUCCCCUUCUCCAGGCUAUUCAUGCGUUAAGCGUGCCUGUACGUCUAGGAAUUAAAUUCGUUGCCAGGAGUCAAACCAUGCUAUGGAGCGUCAAUCAGUCCUUGUGCACACUCGAGUGCGCCGUGAUCAUCAGCAAAUGGCUCACGGCUCUCGGCGACACAAUCGAUGCCUCGUCUUUGACGUACCAGGAAAAGAAUAUCUUGCAGAUUCUGCGCGACAUCGUGCUUGAAAGUGGUGCUUUUAGUGACAGCGAAGUCUCGGCCCUGUCUCCCUUCGACGACACCGGGAUCGCAUUCAACGAUACAAGCAGAAAUAUGUACAGAAGUCCUUCGGCAGACCCAUUUGCAGAUUUGAGCUUCUUCGUCGACCCAGCAGUGUGGGCUUUGCCUGAGGAGCCGCCGGUGCCCAGCACGUCAUUCGCUCUGGAGGAUACAGCGAAAUGGAAGCGUCAGAUCUCAUGUCUACUCGAUACAGUGGCGCGGUUGUGGGCUGAGAUUUUCUCGAAUAGUCACGUCUUCGAUUUGGUCACAACGAUCGGGAAAGCUUUGAAUGUACAUGCAAAUACGCAAGAGCGGUCGAGCUGA